CACUUAAUGAGGCACCAGUUUUAUCGAAUGGUGUUGAAUGGGUGACAGUACGGUCGGCUUUACAGUCAGUUUUAUCCUAUUUCCCUAUGCCCUACUGGGACCUACUCGUAAGGUGAUACAGGGCUUGUGAGCAACUGAUCAGAAAUACACAGGCAAUGUUCACGGGCACCAUUAGAGUGAAAAUAUGCGAAGCUACAGAUCUGCGCCGUACCGACUGUAUGAGUCGUCAUUUCUUAGUGACAGGAGUUGGAAAAGGGCCACAAGAUCAAACCUUGGAUCCCUAUGUUAGCUUAGAUGUGGAUGAAGUGCACUGGAAUAAGACACAGCCUCGGCAGAAGACCUUCACGCCCGUGUGGAAUGAGUGGUUUGAGCAUGAGGUGGACGGGGCCGCCCAUCUCGGCCUCAAAAUCUUCCAUGAUUCUGCGGUGGGGAAUGACGAUUUCGUAGCCAAUGCCACGGUGCCCUUCGACGAAAUCUAUGGCGAUAACAAGACCCGCGCCGAUAUGUGGGUGGACUUGGAACCUCAGGGGAAACUACAUGUAGUAAUUGAGUUAAAAUGGGUAGAACCAGAGGAUGGGAGCGUCCGCCCCCGGGAGUUCAGGGAACGUCAAGGCUUCAACCGGCGCCGUGGGGCCAUGAGGCGGAGGGUCCACCAGGUCAAUGGUCACAAGUUCAUGGCAACUUUCCUUCGACAACCUACCUUCUGCUCCCACUGCAGAGAAUUUAUUUGGGGUAUUGGGAAACAAGGUUAUCAAUGUCAAGUAUGUACCUGUGUCAUCCACAAGCGCUGUCAUCAAUCCGUCGUCACACGCUGUCCGGGAAGCAAGAGUGCCGAAGCCAUAGUAACCGAAGAGCAAGCAGGAGGUGGCCAGCAGCGGUUUAAUGUUAACGUGCCACAUAGGUUUUCGGUUCACUCAUAUAAGCGAUUUACGUUCUGUGACCACUGUGGCUCGUUGCUUUAUGGCCUUAUUCGUCAGGGUCUUCAGUGUGAAGUAUGCAACAUGAAUGUUCACAAGAGAUGUCAAAAGAAUGUAGCAAAUAAUUGUGGAAUAGAUGUAAAGCAGUUAUCAGAGAUCUUAGCAGUUAUGGGUAUACGACCUCAAGAACCAGGGAAACGUAAUAGAAGGAAACCAAUUGGUGAGCAAUCAAAAUUUCCUUCAACCCCUGGCUCAGUAAGUGUACAAGGAAGUAUUAGUGAAACUGAGGAGUCAGGCAUGAUGAAGGAUGAAGACGAGGAGCUAAGGCUAAGGCUGGAGGCUCAGCGCGUCAUGGAUGAAAUGAUGAAGGACCGAUGUCAACACGAGGAUCAAGGACCUAGGCCUCAAGCACUAGACACCAAUCUGGAUGCAGUGAUGGGAAAGUUGGGUUUAGAUGACUUCAACUUUAUUAAAGUUCUGGGCAAAGGAAGUUUUGGAAAAGUUAUGUUGGCAGAACUAAAAGGAACAGAUGAAGUUUAUGCUGUCAAGGUGCUGAAAAAGGAUGUAAUCCUUCAAGACGAUGAUGUAGAGUGUACAAUGACAGAGCGACGUAUCUUAGACAUGGCUGCUCGCCACCCGUUCCUCACAGCUCUCCACUCCUGCUUCCAGACACAGGACCGAUUGUUCUUCGUUAUGGAGUACGUGAAUGGAGGCGAUCUCAUGUUCCAGAUUCAGAAGGCUCGCAAGUUUACAGAGCCAAGAGCUAGAUUUUAUGCUGCUGAAGUCACGUUGGCUCUCCAGUUCCUUCAUAAAAGGGGUGUUAUUUACAGGGAUUUGAAAUUAGACAAUAUUCUUCUUGAUAGUGAAGGCCAUUGUAAGAUAGCAGAUUUUGGUAUGUGCAAAGAAGGCAUCAAAGAUAAUGCGACAACCUCCACUUUCUGUGGAACUCCUGACUACAUAGCACCAGAGAUCCUGAAAGAGUUGGACUAUGGUGCCAGUGUUGACUGGUGGGCUCUGGGAGUCCUCAUGUAUGAAAUGAUGGCAGGACAGCCACCAUUUGAGGCUGACAAUGAGGACGAUCUGUUUGAAAGUAUUCUUCAUGAAGAAGUCUUGUAUCCGGUGUGGCUCUCAAAGGAAGCCGUUUCUAUUCUUAAAGGAUUUAUGACCAAGGAGCCAUCAAAGCGACUGGGUUGUGUCAUGGAGCGUGGUGGUGAACAGGCCAUCAGAAACCAUAAAUUCUUCCGUGAUAUUGAUUGGGAUGCUCUGGAGCAGCGCAAAGUCAAGCCACCAUUCACACCCAAAGUAAAAGGGAAGAAGGAUGCUGUUAACUUUGAUACAGAGUUUACAAAAGAAGAGCCAAUUCUAACCCCCAUCAAUCAAGAGGUUGUUCGUGCUAUCAACCAAGAUGAAUUCAGAGGCUUCUCUUGCGUAAACCCAGCAUUUAAGCCAGCAGCAGCUGCACCUUGUCAGGCCUAAAAACGUGCAGCAAAGUACAAAGUACUACUGUGUCUCCAGGAAUGCUGGUAUGCCAAGUUUGGAAGACCAAGAGUUUUCUGCCACUGGAGACAGCAAAUUAACCAGGUGAUCAAAGCUGUAUAAGCAAAUAAUAAUUUUUGAACCCUUAUAAUUGCACAAAAAGUUUGGUGUCAUUAAGCACAACCAAGAAUGGAUGCAUCAAAUUCUUUCCUCAUUUUCUCAUGCCCCAGAAAAGAUAAGUUCAGGAAGAUUUUAUGAAAGUAUCUCCAAUUCCAAGACGCAGUUUACUUCUUUGAGAGAUAUAUUUCAUGAGAACACUUUUUUUCACGUGUAAGGUAUAAGAUACAUUUUUUUAAGAUGUUAAUAUUUGUGAUGUACUGUUUUUUCAGCACAUCAUGUUUUGCAAAUAUUAUACAGAAUAAGUUUAUGAAGAAUAUUACAGAAGUGACCAAUUGUUAUUUUAUUUAUUUCGUUAGUUUCGUAUAGUAUUAAGAAAGGGAAUGUCAAUCUAUAUCUCUUUAAAAGAGGUGUUAAAGUGAAUUUUUGACAUAUGAAUGAUUUUGAAUAAUAGAUAGGAGUCAGUCAGGCAUUUUGUGAUUAUAAUUAAAAAGUACUGUGGUUGAAAUCUCUUGUCAGUUACUCAUGGUACCAGUGGCUCCACAUUCAUUACAAAACAAACAUACAAACUAAUGUCAUACUGCUAGUUUUAUGCCUGACUUUAGGAUGUGAUUAGUUGCACUUGGGGCCGAACAAAUGAAGAGUGUUGUGUCAAUAUGAAGAUUGAUAUCUUCAUCUGAAAAUAGUAUAUAGUAAUAUUUUAUUUAUUUAUUUUUGUGAAGGCAUAUUGCCAGGGAACUGGUGCACAAAUAAUAUAAUGAGUAUCCCAGCAAUGAAAAGACCGCUUUUACAACCAUUGGAGUUAUUGGGUGUUGAAGACUUCAAGCACAACUCUCCAGUUCAUAAUUUGUCAGGGGGCCACAGCAACACUAAGGUGAAUAUACUCAGGUGCAGUAAACACACUGUAGAGAGGUUCUUGCCUCUUACAUUUGUUCAUCCCAGGCUGCAACUGUGGGAUUGGUUACUUUAUCAAUUCACAGGUUCAUUCAUGUGAAGGGAUUAGUGUUUAGUAUUUUGGUAAUUUUUCUUUGAUUUGAAUAUAAGAAAUGAAACUUACAAGGUGCACACAAUUCAGUUAUAAUGCUGGUCCCUUCACAGUUCUACUACAGAAAUAGUAGAGGAUGAUUUAUACUAUUGUAGCCAAUGUGGUAAUGUGCUUUUAUAGUUCUGAAACAGCAUACAGUUAUGGUGUGUCUCAUUUACUUGACACCAUAUAGAAUGAGGCUCUGGUAUGAGUUACAACAAGAUUCUUGUUUGAAAAUAAAGCCAGAACAAAAUUAGGUCCACAAUGUACUGAUUGAUUGUAUGAAACUAGACCAGUAAUCAAUUUUACCAUCAGAAAGAAAGAGUUCCAACUUAAAUAAUGACCUUACAUGAUGUAGGGAACUAAAAGAUAAUGUACACAUACGUGUGAAGUUCUCAGUGCAUAGUAGAAGGGGAAGAACAUCCCCUAACCCUAUCCCACCUCACCCCAGUGUGUGUGUGUGUGUGUGUGUGUGUGUGUGUGUGUGAGAGAGAGAGAGAGUGAGUGAGAGUGAGAGUUAAAGAGAACAUGGGCAUGUGUCAAGUCCCAGGUGUCGAUGGUGUGAGUGUCGCAGCCUUUACAGGUUAUGAGAUGAUUCACACACCAUAGAUUAAAUAAUAGACAACAAACUUAGUCACCCGCAUUACAGCACCGUACAUCAAUCUUUGGGUGUGUAUUAUUCGUAGAUAUACAAAAUAUUUGUAUUGAUAAUUUUUAUUAGAUAUGUCAAAAUUUGGUAUAACCUUAAACUAUACAUACUCAUGUAAUACAUGUCUGUUUUAUUAUUUUAUUUAAUUUGGUUUUAGAAUUUGGUAUUUAUUAAAUCAAAGACUUGACACAUUUCUCACCCACAGUGUUCAGAGACAUGCAAUGAACAGCAUCGUAGGUGUCAUGCAUGGCUUUAUUGAAUCUCUCUGAAUAGUCAACUAGUCCUGGCUUGGGUAAAAAAUUGUGUUGCACCACUGAUGCUGCGACCUAUCACCAGUUUGUCCUCUAGUAACUCUUCCAGUGGUUUAUACCUUUCAGUUCAUUUAUUUCCAGUAGUGUGAUGUUACUGUUGUGAUGUGUGGCCAGCAGAGUGCAGGGCAAGUCUCCCCCAGUAUCUUUUGAUGCUUCUCUGCCCUGUACUGAUGUGUGUCCACAAAACUCCUAUAUCCUGAUCUUUACCUCUGACUUACUCCCCUUGGCGUGGCCGGAGGAAGAGAAACAGGCUGCAUGUCAAUGAGCCGCUGAGGGCCCGGGUCCAGUCAUGAGUGAGGCCCCCAGCUGGCAAAUUCAGUCAUUCUUGUUAUCUGCCUUAUCGUCUUUCGCACAAAGAAGGAAAUAAGUUGUGACUGGUGGGUGAGCAAUGUGGAGGGCACUCAGUUAUCCGUCUCCCCCAAGUGGCGCAUGCCGCUGUGAUCACUGAGUGCCUCAGUCCACGUUCUUGGCCUGUGCAGCAUGAACUGUGCCUGCUGUCUCUAUGUGCAAUACUGUUUGGCCCUGGGUCAGAAGAGGUCCUGUUAGUCACUACUGACUCCUAGGCCAAGCUUGGCACAGUGUUUUGUGCUGCAUCCACCUUUGCACACCCACCACCAAGGCAGUGUUCUCCAACCAUUCUUGACUCAUUACCAUAUCUCAUAGCCCUGAAAAAAUAUUGGUAUUGCAACAAGGCCAAAGAUAGUAGAUAAUGUACUGGUAGAAAAGAAUCAAAUCUUGUAGUGUGCAGUUUUGCUGUCCCCAUUGUUUGUUGUUGUGGUCAAAAUCUGCAUUGUUAAGGAGGUAGUUGUCUAAUGAGCUGCUUACAACCUUGCAUAGCCAGGAGUGCUUGUUUGUUUGCAGUCCAGCAGACAGUCAUGGGCAGAUAACCUACAGCCACUUAGUAUGCCAUUAACGGCUCCACCCUAGUAGCUGGGUCAGUGUGUUGCACCCACAGCCCAGCCAGACCAGACUCAUCAUGUGAAUGAAGGUCUCUAAUAAGCUUAAUAGCUUCUGAGAGAUCACAAAAAAGACCAAGCAUCCUGGUCAGGUGAGAAGUUUUUUCUUUUUUUUUUUUCUUUGCUGUAGUCUGACUUUUGAGUGGCUACUGCAUGUUCAAAGCUGAAAAUAAUUGCAUACACAGCAGAAGCAGCUUUUUGUCUCUGCUGAUGCCAUAGUUGGCCUGCUUGAUGAAAAAUGUAAGCAAGCAGUGUGCCCACCAGUAAUGCUACGUAGAAAUCACUUUGUGUUCAUUAGCAUUGCAGUUGGUAGCAUUUACUCUAAAGUGUGGAGUGGGAAAUAUCUUCCUCUCACACUGGCAGAGUGGUCACUGAUAGCUUGGUGAGAUUAAGAGACUGGACUGAACAUUUCCUGCCACUGUUAUUGAGUUUCCACCAUCGAUGCUGAAACAACCUGUGGUAGAGUUAUAUCAUGGACGGCCACUACUGGUGUCCAACCACAAAGUCUUUGAAGAUACUGACCCAGUAUCCAGAAAGCCUGCCCACCCUUAUAUCAGGUGUGACCACCAUGAGAUGAGUGUUCACUAUUUUGUCACUCUUCCAGUUCAUGGUCUCAACAGAGCAGGCACCACAAACCAUAAAUGGCACAAAGCCCUGCCCUGCUACUUCAGGCUGUGUUGCUGCCAAUGGCUGGAAUCUUACAGAAGUUAAUGGUUAUUCAACUACAUGGUGCAAGCUUUUAUCUUUAAUCUGCUUAGAAUUCUUGCUCAAAGGAGUGGACAUACACUGUUAUGUCAAUUGGCUGUUAUACAUAAUAUGGACACACUAUACCCAGCUGUAAAAAGUAGGGCAAUAUAGCAGAGAUUGCACUAUAAAACUUCUGUAAGGCUAAAACAACUUGUAUUGGUAGCAUUUCAGAGGAAUGUAGCUGCAGGGAGAAGUUGCAGGACUGAGAUUCCCUGUGAAGCCCUAACUUACUACUGUCCGGCUGCAAGUAGAGCCCAGAUUGUAGGGCUCAACUCACAUGGGCCGUGACUCACAGUGAUUAUCAGUAUUCUUCCCUUCCUCAUCAUCUGGGUGCUCUAGGGUAGGGCUGGUGCACAAAACAAAUGCUGUGUACAAAGUAUUUCAAUAGGAUAUGUUCUUUAUGUAUGCAUUUGCAGUCUGGUAGGAUCAUUACUUCUUCCCACUCUUUCUUAUAAUUCUCAAGUCCUGCCCACCAUGGUGCUUGUCUGCAUACAGCACCUUUGGGGAAACAUAUGACUGAAUAGAGCACCAUAUUCUUUCAUUUAUUUCUUUCCUGUUCCAGUUAAGAGCACCCAGCCUAUGUUGGAUACACAACACCUCAUCCCCCUAUCCCUUGUAACCCUGUAAUACAAUCAUCCAUGUUGUCAUUGGUAUUGUACUUAAUUGCAUUUUCAUAACUUUAGUUUGGAUCUUAAGCCAAAGAGAUUGAUGUUAGCUGUAGAUUGAUAGACAUUUUAAUAGAUAAAUGAAUUGUUCCCAUAACUAUUCUAUUUGUAAAUGUUGGUCUGAAAGGGAGAAUGCAUGUUGUACGCAUGUUUGCUGCUGAGCUGCGGUGAAUUGGACAUUGUGAGCAGGUUGGGUGUUGAGAUGCAGGUUACAGGUGAUGAAUUGGAACUUGUGUUCCCAGACAUUACACAAGAGAACACCACCGAGCCCCAAGCAGUUGCACUUUUGAGAAUUCUGCUUCUUGCCAUUUCUGCAUCUCUGUUUUGGUGCAACAGAGCAGACUAAGUCAUCCCGUCACAGACAGCCGCCCCAAGUUCUUUUCCUAUCACCCCUGAUCUCAGUUCAAUAUCUUUCCUGAGCCUGUAAGUGGCAUGAUUGAACCUUCAGCCUAUUUUCCUCCCUCAAGGAGCCUAGAGUCAAAUGCCCAGCUUCCUCUGACAUAUAUGACCCCAAAUGCUGUGUCUUGGUGACUGUGCCCUGUGGAAGAUCACCAGGAAACAUACAGCCAGAGGGCUGCCCUCUUCAACCCAUGGACGACUGUGCCAAAUUCUCCCCCACUUCAAACAUCACUGUGCUCGUUUGUAUAAUAUUCUAAUUACUGUAAAAUGUCAAUGGGUAUUUUUUGUCCCCUAAAAGAAAUACUUAUGUCUUUCUCUCAGCUGACUGUAUGAGAAGCGUGAUAUAAAUAUAUUUAAGUGUU